CCCCACCUUCUGCGCCGGAGAUCGACAGCGCGGAGGAGCGGCAGCCGCAGCCGCGCACAAGCGCCGCGGCGCGCCCGGCUGGCCAGCCGCAGGGAGGAGGCGGGAGCCCGCAGGAGCUCCGCAGAGGAGCCGCCGCCGCCGCCCCGCAACAGGUGCCCGGGGGAUGCGCGCCCCGCAGACCAGCGCCAGGGGCAGCCCCUCCGCGGCCGGGGCGCGAGGCGGGCAGGAUGAGCUCGGCCACGGCAGCAGCCUCCCAGCGACAGGCUGUGCACAGCCACCUGGAGACGCCCUCCGGAGCCGCCAUCCUUUGCCACAACUGUGGGAGUCCGUGCAAAGGAGAAGUGCUGAGAGUGCAGAAGAAGUAUUUUCAUAUUAAGUGUUUCGUUUGCAAAGCCUGCGGAUGCGACCUGGCCCAGGGGGGCUUCUUCGUGAGGCAGGGGGAUCACAUCUGCACCUCGGACUACCAGCGGCUCUACGGCACCCGGUGCUUCAGCUGCAAUGAGUUCAUUGAGGGCGAGGUGGUCUCCGCCCUGGGGAAGACCUACCACCCACGCUGCUUCGUCUGCGUGCUCUGCAGGCAGCCGUUUCCUCCUGGGGACCGGGUGACUUUCAAUGGCAAGGAGUGCAUCUGCCAGAAAUGUUCACUGCCCCCUGCUGGUGCCAGUUUUCCAUCCCUCCGAAAUUGCGGGAACUGUGGCUCCGAAAUCAAGAACGGCCAGUCCUUGGUGGCUCUGGACAAGCACUGGCACCUGGCCUGCUUCAAGUGCAAGGCUUGUGGGAAGCUGCUCACCGGGGAGUACAUCAGCAAGGAUGGCGUUCCAUACUGCGAAAGAGACUAUCACGCUACCUUUGGGAUCCACUGUGACCGUUGUGGGAAGUUUAUCACCGGCAGAGUUUUGGAGGCUGGAGAAAAGCACUACCACCCCACCUGUGCCUGCUGUGACAGGUGCAGCCAGAUGUUCGCCGAAGGGGAGGAGAUGUAUCUUCAAGGAUCUUCUAUUUGGCACCCAGCCUGUAGGCAGGCAGCCAAAGGUGAAGAAAAGGCCAAGUUGCAGGAAACCCGAACAUCAUCUGAAAGCAUAAUUUCGGUGCCUCCUUCAAGUACAUCAGGUUCCCCAAGUCGAAUAAUUUAUGCGAAGCUCGGGGAGGAAAUCCUGGACUACCGGGACUUGGCCGCCCUCCCUAAGAACAAGGCCAUCUACAACAUUGACCGCCCAGACAUGAUCUCCUACUCUCCCUACAUCAGCCACUCGGCCAGCGACCGGCCCAGCUACUACGUUGAGGGUGACCAAGAGGACCAGCCCCUCAAGCCGGGCCGGAUUUCGAGCCCCAGUUCCACCAGCUCGCUGGGCUACGGGCGCACCACGCCUCUCUGCGCUUCGCCUCCGAAUUUCAGCCGAGCAGCUGGUACCGAGACCCCUGGUACCAGUAGCUGCAUCUCCCUGCCCACCUACCCCAGCCUUCCCUCCGCAUUCAGACAUCAUUACGUCCCCUUCUUCAAAGGCAGUGAAAGUGGCCGGAGCACCCCAAGCUUAUCCCUCUGCUCAGACAGCAGAUCUGCGUCCUCUCUCUACCCGCAGGCACCCAAACAUUUUCAUAUUCCAGAGACUGGAAUAAAAGAUAACAUCUAUAGGAAACCCCCCAUCUACCGACAGCAUGCCUCAAGAAUAUCCGAUGGCGACAGGAGCUCCAAUCAAGACAGCAAGAAGCUAAAGUCCAGCUGGCUGACUUUGAAAGGGGACAUGGAUUUUAGGACUAACUCUCCCGAUCUGGAUACUCAGUCGCUGCCUCAAAGCCCUGGGACAGACCGGCAACUUCAGCGGCUGCACAGCAACACACACUGCACCUUCCUGCGAUUCCCCUAUUCCAAAUCGGCUUCUCUUCCCGACUACGGAAAGCACGGCUUGCAGCAGCAGCAGCAGCACGCCGCAGUGGUGGGCCCAGAGGACCCGGAGGCCGCCUGGGGGAAAAGAGAAUACAAGGUCUACCCGUAUGAAACCCUUAUUGUCACCAACCGAGUUCGGGUAAAACUACCAAAGGAUGUGGACAGAGCCAGACUGGAGCACCACCUUUCCACCGAGGAGUUCCAGGAGGUCUUCAAAAUGAGCAUGGAACAAUUUGAACGACUUGCACUUUGGAAACGCAACGAGCUGAAGAAAAAAGCUUUGCUUUUCUAGCCCGCCCGGAACUAAGAGAAACGUGCUUCUUGACGUAGGCCAGCUCCGUCCUUCCUCCCACCACCUGCGCGCACCUGCAACUCCCCCUCAUCGCGCUUCACUGUAUUUGGGCAGAGAAACCGACCCCGCGGGAGGCCUGGCUCGCUCUUCCUUCCCCCCCUCCGGCCAGCUCAUUAAAGGGUGUGACAAUCUCGCUUCCAGUUAUUGCUUUAUUCGUUGCUCGCUGCAAAGGCAAAACCAAACCUGAUAAUCUCAGAUAGGAAAGAAAGAACCGUCAUUUUGACCAAAGCAAAAUAUUCGGCCACAGUUUGGCCUCCACAUUUUUGGACUCGUGAGCAGACCCCAUACAAAGUCAGGAGGGGGCAUCCCCCAGGGGGCAAAAUGACAUAAAAUAAAGCCAAUGUGAAAAAGAUCAAAGAAAAGAAUGACAGAAACUCACUCUUGCCAAUGAUUGUGUGCGACACAUUUUUAGAAAUAAAAUAAGAGCAAAUCUA